AUGACAUGCAAUCAAAGUGUCUCUUCAGAUUGCCUUUUUAAAUGGAAGAGUAAUAAUCAUUCACAGAUUUCACUUUUUUGUUUAUUUUUUAAAAAAGUCGAGGAGAAUAAUUCAACCAAUAAUACAAAUUUUAUUCUUCUCUCCUCCUCUAUGUGUAAUUGGUAUUAAUUAAGAAAUGGAGAUAUAUUUUAUAUUCCGAGGCUAGAAUAAUUAACUGGUGAAGUACCCAUGUAUACGUAUGAUAUUAUGUCUGGUUCAUAUGUUUAGUAUAAAACAUUUAAUAUUUAAUAACGUUGUACGAUUUAAAUUCGAAAAAUUGGUGAUUUAAUGUAUUGCUAAGAAAGCUCUUAAUUUUAUUUAUUAUACGUUAAUAGAAACUUUAUCAAAUAGAUUUAUGAGACUUAAAAUUAUUUUGAUAUGAUUUAUAUAGAGAAUUCAGAUGAAGAAUAUAUAAUAUUGACUUAGAAUAAUUACAUUGACAUUACACAUUAUAAUUUUUCUUAAGGUAAUGUGGUUCAAAUGCAAACCUACAAUAUAGAAAAAAUAAAACUAUUAUUGAUAGAUCAAAAUGAAAAUAACUUUUUGAUAAAUCCAAUGUUAGCAUAAACACUUUAAUUUAAUCUUGUUGAUGCUUUGAAAGUUAAAUUCGAAAUACGAUUAAAUGGCAUCUUAGAUUUUGAAAAUAUAAAAUUUUAUGUAACUGUUACUAUUAAUACAUUGAAUUAAAGUUUUGAAACAAAGAUAAUAAGAACUUUUAGAAGUUUAGAUUCUAUAGAGAAGAUAAUAUUUAUUGACGAACGAUUUGCUAUAUUUUAAGGUUAAGCUCAAUUUCAAUGUUAUAUUUAUGAUUUAAGAUAGGAUUAAGAAUUUUAUGAUCCGAUAGUUAAAAUGAAUAUGUAGCCUGCAAUGAUAAUAAAAAGCUAUAAUAGUACACAUUAUAUUUUCUUUGAUUGUUUAAAGAAUGAAGCAUUUUUAAUAGAAAUUGGAUAUGAGAUUAGUUUUUUUGAGAAAGAGAAACCUAAAAAUUGUAAGUUAAUAGCUGAAAAUGAGAUAUCAAAGGCUGAAAUUUAAUUAAUCAUUUAAUAAGAAGAGAUUAAUGACAACAUUAAUUACAAAAGUAUUAUAAUAGUAUCAAUUAUUAUAUGCAUAUUAAUUGUUUUAAUCAUUUUUAUAUUAAGGAGAUAAUAAUUAAAGAAUCAUAAUCUAAAACAAUUCUAGCAAAUAUCAAUAGAUGAAUCAAAACUAUAAUGA